CUGGCGACUUCCGGCGCCACCAUUUUGUUUUUCAGCGCUCGCCAAGGGCAGCGGCAGCCGCGGCGCCCGGGCAGCUCCGCGCCCGUCACCAUGUUCCCCGUGGCUCGGGCUGCGCUGAACCUCACCGCUCGUGGCAUUCGGCAGACUGCAGUAAGACAAGCUCAUCGCAAGUCUGAGCCCAACUUCCAUGAUAAAUAUGGGAACCUGGUUCUCCUUGGUGGAGCUGCAGUUUUUACUGCUGUCUGGGGAUAUGUGCUCACACAACUUGGAAUUGAGUGGGGCUUGUCACCUGUUGGCAGAAUCACCCCGAGAGAGUGGAGGGAGUAGCAGCCUUUGCUUGUAAUGAACUGGUCUGAACUUUCAUUGAAAUAAUUAUUGUGAAAUGGCAUUUGUUCUCUGAUCACCACUUGUGCAGUGGCAUUCCUGGUCUAAUAAAACCCAGAAACCUG